GUGCCCACAUCCAAGAUGGCGCCCCCAGGAGCUGGGAGCGGGUGACCGGCGGCGGGGAAGCGGCCUGGGCUGGGGCCCUCAGAUUGCGGGGUCCCGGGGGCCUGUCGCGGGGCGCCCCCGUGACCCACCGACCAGGCCUUCCCCCCGGGCCGGAGCGAUGGCCGCCGAGAACAGCAAGCAGUUCUGGAAGAGGAGCGCCAAGCUGCCGGGGAGCAUUCAGCCGGUGUAUGGAGCUCAGCACCCGCCUCUGGAUCCUCGGCUCACCAAAAACUUCAUCAAAGAACGGUCAAAGGUCAACUCGGUUCCUCUGAAGAACAAGAAGGCCUCCAGUUUCCAUGAGUUUGCCCGGAAUACCAGUGAUGCUUGGGACAUUGGCGACGAUGAGGAAGAGGACUUUUCCUCACCUCCUUUCCAAACUCUGAACUCAAAAGUGGCUUUGGCAACUGCGGCCCAAGUCCUGGAAAACCACAGCAAGCUGAGGGUAAAACCCGAACGGUCCCAGUCGACAGCAUCAGACGUCCCUGCCAGCUACAAGGUCAUAAAGUCCAGCAGUGACGCCCAGCUGUCCCGGAACGCCAGUGACACGUGCCUGAGGAACCCACUCCACAAACAGCAGUCUCUCCCUCUCCGGCCCAUCAUCCCCCUUGUCGCCCGGAUCUCAGACCAGAAUGCCUCUGGGGCCCCUCCGAUGACAGUCCGGGAGAAAACCCGCCUAGAAAAGUUCCGUCAGCUCCUUUCUAGCCACAACACCGACUUAGAUGAAUUGAGGAAGUGGAGUUGGCCAGGCGUUCCCAGGGAAGUUCGACCGGUCACCUGGAGACUGCUGUCGGGCUAUCUCCCGGCAAACACCGAGCGGCGGAAGUUGACCCUGCAGCGGAAGCGGGAGGAGUACUUUGGCUUCAUUGAGCAGUAUUAUGACUCCCGAAAUGAGGAGCAUCACCAGGAUACUUACAGACAGAUUCACAUUGACAUUCCAAGGACGAAUCCUCUCAUUCCAUUGUUCCAGCAGCCGCUAGUCCAGGAGAUCUUUGAGAGAAUUCUCUUUAUCUGGGCCAUCCGACACCCCGCCAGUGGGUAUGUCCAGGGGAUCAAUGACCUGGUCACUCCGUUCUUCGUCGUCUUCCUCUCGGAAUAUGUGGAAGAGGAUGUGGAGAACUUUGACGUGACCAACUUGUCUCAGGACAUGCUGCGAAGCAUUGAAGCAGACAGCUUUUGGUGUAUGAGCAAGCUGCUGGACGGGAUCCAGGAUAAUUACACCUUUGCACAGCCAGGGAUCCAGAAGAAGGUCAAGGCACUGGAGGAGCUUGUCAGCCGGAUCGAUGAGCAGGUACACAGUCACUUCAGGAGGUACGAGGUGGAGUACCUGCAGUUCGCCUUCCGGUGGAUGAACAACCUGCUGAUGCGGGAGCUGCCUCUGCGCUGCACCAUCCGCCUGUGGGACACCUAUCAGUCUGAGCCCGAAGGGUUCUCGCAUUUCCACCUCUACGUGUGCGCGGCCUUCCUGAUCAAGUGGCGGAAGGAGAUUUUGGAUGAGGAAGACUUCCAGGGCCUCCUCAUGCUGCUGCAGAACCUGCCGACCAUCCACUGGGGCAACGAGGAGAUCGGGCUGCUGCUGGCCGAGGCGUACAGACUCAAGUACAUGUUUGCGGACGCCCCCAACCACUACCGCCGAUAGGUGCUGUCUCCCCGCCCGGGGACCGGACUGCCCCAUCUCUGAUGGCGAUUUCAUCACUGUGGCCACUGUGCAAGCCGUGGGCCCCGGCCAGGAAUCACUCCUGCUGUACAAAGCUCACCCUCCGCCGCUGCCGCCGCCGCUGCCGCCACCGCCCAGGUCUUCACUUCACAGCAUCCGCCACGUUGUGUCUCAGGAUGCGUGUCUGGGACCACUGUCAGUAUUCUGUGCCCUGUGGAUGGGCCCGACUCUGGGAGAGGCAGAGGAGGCGACGAUUGUCUUUCCCUUCGGGAGACACUGGACAAAAGGAGGGGGGCUCCAGGUCUGCCCCACACUGUCCAUAUGUGCACCUGCUGGCUCUGCCCAGGACCCAGCGGGUGGUUUUAUUUUUCUUUCUUUUUUCUACAUUUCCAUGCCCGGGGCACAGGGUAUUAGGCUCUCGGGCCGUCGCUGUUUGUGACUCAUUUAAUCUCGUCACAGGUCAGAGACACUAUGUUUUCAGAAGACCCUGCUGCCCCGCCCUCACCUCCUCCUGCCCCCCGCUGAGCCAGGACACAGGAGUGAGCCCUUCCUUCUCAGGUGGAGGAGACACCAUCCUCAUAACCCUGAGGAGAGGCCUACACUCAAGGGCUAGGAAUUGCGUUUCCCCGUUCCUCCUCUAUGAAUCUUACAUUUGGUGUGCGUGUGUGUGUGUGUGUGUGUGUAGUGCAUGCAUGCGCACAUGUGUGUGUGUGUGUGUGUGUGUGUGUACGAGCCCAUCGGCAUUUUGUCCCGUCUGAAUUUGUGUUCAGACUAACCCAUCAGAAACAGUUGGGAAGGACCUGAGGGACCAAGCAUCUGUGGUCCCUUGAGAGGGACCAGGGCAGGGGAGGGAGAAAGAGUGGUUUUGGUUUUUGGGUUUUUUUUUUUUUCUUUUUUUUCCCCCACCCCCCUUCUUUCUUCUUUUUUUUUUUAACCACCUCUUCAAACCCCUUUUCCAGGGUGAACCACUCCAAGAUAUUAUGUAUAAAUUGUGUUAUUAUGUAUAUGGGUAAAGGUGUACAAAUCUAUGUCCUCUUUGUAGCAGAUAUGAUUUUAUAUUUAUAGUGUGCAUUGACACAUGAACGCAAUCCAGGUCAUGAGAUGAAGCUGCUGGGCGGGUAGCUUCAGGGAAGGGGCCUGGGGCCUGGAGCCAUCUGGAGCAGCCUGUGGCCAGCGACAAGCUGCGCGUCGUCCGUGUUUCAGCCUCCGCCCUUCCCCGUCCCGCCUCGCCGUCCCUCCUAGGGCCUCUGUGAACACCUAGCCCCCGGCCUCCCCUUUUCCACUGCAGAGCCUCCCUCCGCUCACCCCAGCAGCCUCCCCGGGAAGGACCGCAGAGGCAGACGCCCUCCCUCAGGUUCUGUGUUCCCAGCCUCGUCACCCGUGGAAGUCAGCACUGUGGUCAGGACAGAAGCUGGCCGACAAGUCAGUGCCAAGAGAAUCGGGAUCCCUGUGUGUCCCCAAGGUGGGGGCCUCCUCCCAGAGAGCGGCAUCAGGUGUCCCCUGUCACCAUCACACUCCCCACAGUCACGAGGUGGCGGACCCAUGCUCAGGUUGUGGCGUCUGGUAGUGGAGAAAGGGAGGAUGCAGGCCAGUGGCGGUCCACCCGCCGGGCAGCCGGGCAGCGCUCCUGGGGUGACACCCCUAAAGCUCACUCGCCCGUGUCCUUCCUUCCCCGAGUUCGGUCCCUCGCCCAAGCUGUUUCUCAGGCGUUCUUCCCUGUGCCCCGCCCUCCCCUUGGUGUGCCUCGGACUCCUCCACAGAUGAGAGGACCCGUGGCCUCCCUCCGACUAAUUAAAGAGACACUUGUGUUCCCAAGUGGUGGGUUUAUUUUUUUAGUUUUAUGUUUGUAUGGGAAAUUGUGGAUAAAGUGAAUGGACUGUAAAUAAAUGGUGUUUCCUCCUCCUCCACCAUGA